AUGAUGCUCGUACCUUUAACCAUGAUAAUUAUAUUACCGAGUUUUGUACAAGCGGUGUCAUUAGAAGAAAUUGAAGAAGGGAGGUGCUUGAAUAUUGUCCGAGAAGCAGGACGCAUCAUAUGUAUUUUCAACGGCCAUGGGGACUACGAUUCAUUUAAUGCUGGCAAUUGCUCUCUUGUUUGCACGGAUAAGUCUUUUAGUGAAAAAUUGCCCGAAGGCGUAUGUGGGAAUGUAGGAAUGAAGUGUGAUCAUGAUGUAACUAAAAAACUCGAAUCCUGGAAAGGGAAGUUGGACGAAUGGCUACAUGGUGUUAAGAACAUGGUUUGCAGUGCCUCCUAG